AUGGACUCGAUGGACUAUCACGAUACUCUCGAAACCCUUCGUGUUCAGCAAAAUGCACAACCGCUUUCAAUCAUCGCGCUCGCGGAGCCCAUUACCGCGUCGCAAACACAACCUCCACCCCCAAAGCGACCAUCAGAUCUGCGCCCACGUCCCUCGGACACUCUGUCCACCUCGACCUCGGAGAUCGAGUCCAACCUGCAGCUCACGCCUGCGACGCUCCUGGCCGACCUGGCGCAUUACAAAGACCUGUUCUCGAAACUGCGCUUCAGCUACCUCGAACAGGUCACCAAGGAGAAAUACCUGCGCAGCAUCGUAGGGGACCCUCCCCUCGUCGUGAGCCAUGAAGAUAAUCUGCUCCUGGAGGAGAGGCUAGCGGUGAUGAAGAGGGAGUUGAAGGCGAAAAAGGACGAGGUCGACGCCUUGGUCGAGGAGAUGGAGGGGCGGGCGCGGGAUGUCGCGCGCGCGUACGAGGGCGUCAGAGAGGGCAUGGACGUACUCGAACGGGUUCCGGCGGAGAUCGAGACGUUGAGGGCCGAGGUGGAGAGGUUACAGGCCGACAUUGCGGUUCGACGGGGUCGCGACGGCGCGGAUCCGGGAAGCGGCGACCCGAGGAUGCAUCUCUCGCUCGCGGCCACGGAACAGGCGCUCACGGAACAGCGAGAGCGCAACGCCGAGAUCGACAGGGAAAUCGCGGAGCUGCAGAGGCUGAUGCCCGCAAAGGUGCGCGAGGUCGAGAAAAUGGACCGUGAACUGGUCGAUCUGGAGAAGAGGCGCAACGAGAGCACGAAGCUGGCGAUCGAGGGGAGGAGGAGGCGUGAGCAAGGGGGGAGAGACGAGGUGGAGGAGUUGGGCAGAUGGUAUAGAGCCAACGAGGCAGUCAUGAAGGGAUUGCUGGGGGUGUAA